AUGAAAAAAACUUUUAAUGAAAAAGUUUGCGAUCUCAGAACACAAAAAAUAAGAUUAAUACACGAAUACAAACAAUUCAAGUUUGAUAUUAGUAUGAUACAAAAGGAGUUAAAUGAUCCAGAAAUAAUAACGCCAUCAGAUUUCCCUGAAGUCCUAAUGGAUGAAUCUAUUGAUCCUAACUUAAUUGAUUCGUUUGAACCGAUUUAUCACUGUGAUCGGAUGGAUUUGAUUUUUAAUCCCGAAUUAAGCCCUUUGUAUAAAAAUGCAUAUUUUUACGAAGAGCCUACUCAUGAAGAAAUCAUUAUGCGACAAAUGAGAAUUGAUAAACUAAAAUAUAGACAUAUGCAUUAG